GGUGUUUUUGUUUUUGUACUCAACAUUAUAUCUCAACCAUCUCUUUCUCUCUCUCUCUCCCUCAUUCAUUUUUAUAUGUGAUCUCAAUCUUAUUUUUUGUUUCCACAAAUUAAUUUUAUAAAAAAAGCUGUCAUCUUGUCUCAAAACUCUGAAAAACUCCUUUUCAGUUUAUCAUUUAAAACCCAAUUUUAUUGGUGUUUAUACAGAUUUUAAAACCUAAUUUCUGUUGUAUGCAAGUCAAAGGUUACAUCUUUCUUCCUUUUCUGAGGUGAGUGCCAUCAUUUUCCACAUAACUUCAAGGUUUGUGUUAAAGAUGAAAUCUGGUGACGAAGAAGGUGUAAAGGUGCAAUCUUUGCAUGUUAUGAACUCAAAAGAUGACAAAAACAAGAUCAAGAACAAGAAAAAGAAAAAAAAUGAUCAAGAUUUUGUUGGGUGUUGGAAUAAAUGGGGAUUUAUUGGUAGCUGUGUUUCUUCAAGAUCUAAAGUUGAUAGCUCCACCAGUGGCAUCAACAGCAGUCACUUUGAAUCUAAAUCAAGCAAAAACACAAGCAAAGAUCAACAAGAAACCGCAACAGGCGUAAAAACUCCCACAAGUAACGGCGAAAACAACAAGUUAACAGGUUUAAAACCAGAAGAAGAACUCAAAGUCGCUUCCCGUUUAAGGAAAUUUGCGUUUAAUGAUCUUAAACUGGCAACAAGAAAUUUUCGGCCCGAAAGUCUUCUCGGUGAAGGGGGUUUUGGGUGUGUGUUUAAAGGAUGGAUUGAAGAGAACGGCACCGCACCGGUCAAACCGGGUACCGGGCUUACGGUUGCGGUCAAAACGCUAAAUCAUGAUGGGCUUCAGGGACAUAAAGAGUGGCUGGCAGAAGUGAAUUUUUUGGGUGAUCUUGUGAACCCGAAUUUGGUCAAAUUGAUUGGUUACUGCAUUGAAGAUGAUCAACGGUUGUUAGUGUACGAGUUUUUGCCUAGGGGGAGCUUGGAGAAUCACUUGUUCAGAAGAUCGUUGCCUCUUCCUUGGUCCAUUAGGAUGAAAAUCGCACUUGGUGCCGCAAAGGGUCUUGCUUUCCUUCACGAAGAAGCAAAACGACCCGUGAUUUACCGUGAUUUUAAAACGUCCAAUAUUUUGUUAGAUGCGGAAUACAAUGCCAAAUUGUCUGAUUUUGGGCUUGCUAAAGAUGGCCCGGAAGGUGAUAAAACUCAUAUAUCUACACGAGUCAUGGGAACUUACGGUUAUGCCGCCCCGGAAUAUGUUAUGACCGGACAUUUGAGUUCAAAAAGUGACGUUUAUAGCUUCGGUGUCGUUUUACUCGAAAUGUUGACCGGGCGGAGGUCAAUGGACAAAAAACGUCCAAACGGUGAACACAACCUCGUCGAAUGGGCCCGCCCGCAUUUAGGAGAACGGAGACGCUUCUAUAGGUUAAUCGACCCUCGGUUAGAAGGUCAUUUCUCAAUAAAAGGAGCCCAAAAGGCCGCACAACUAGCGGCCCGUUGUCUUAGCCGUGACCCGAAAGCCCGGCCUUUAAUGAGUGAAGUUGUUGAAUGUCUUAAACCUUUGCCAGCCCUAAAAGACAUGGCGGGCUCAUCUUAUUACUUACAGUUACAGACCGCCCAACCUGAACGGGUCGGGUCAAGUCCAGACCCGACCCGAAUGCGGGCCGGGUCGUUUUCGAGAAAUGGGCAUCAACAUCCACGAACGCUCUCGAUACCUCACGCUUCACCAAGCCGUCAUCAGUUUCUACAGGAAUCGCCAAAACCGAAUGGAAAUCAAUAACGAAGGGCAUUUCGGUAAAUGCCCAUGACCCGGACCCGGACCGUGUGUUGUCAUUGGGUGUUUAAUUUUUAGUGUUGUGAUCAUUUUUAGGAGAUGUAAUUUAUGAUAUGAACACUGGUAAUGUUAAUGUUAAUAUAGUAUGUUAAAUCUAUAUAAUAUAUGUUCCUUUGUAAUGAUUGUAGAUCUUCAAAAGAUCUAAAGGAUAUAAUUAAUGUUGCAUUAUAUUGGCCCA